AUGACUUCUCCACCACCUAGCCCCACAAUCAUCUACGAUUCAGAACGCAGAUACUACGCCGACCACGCGCGCGACCAUUCGCGCGACCACUCGCGUGACCAUUCGCGCUCGGCCAGCCCCACCACUCCCCCGCGCCGCCGCUUCUCCCGCCGUACAUCCUCCCGCACCAACACCAACAUGGUCGACUAUGGCACCAACCCUGCUCGCCGCGAGUCGCUCAUCCCCCCAGACGUCCACGCCAUCCUGGAAGCGAAGCGCCGGCGUAUGUGCGGCAACUUGUGCGGCUUGAGGACGCGCAGCGUCCAAGUGGCGCUCAUGUGCAUCUCGGUGCUCAUGAGCGCGGUACAGGCCAAUGGCGUGUAUUGCUGGCCGACCUACGGGCCCAUCGUCCAGCAGAGGUUGGGACUUCAUAACACCGAAGCGCAGACCAUUGUCGUCGGAGGGAUAUUGGGCGUCUACCUCUGCGCUGCGCCCAUGGGCGCACUUGUCGACCGGUAUGGACCUCGCGCUGGCUCACUCAUGAGCGCCCUAGUGGCGGCUACUGGGUACUGCUCGUUCGCUGCAGUUGUCCGGGUCGAUGAGGACGAGGGCGCUGGACCGCGCACCUAUCUCGUCCUCACUGCAUGCUUCUUCCUCGUCGGGGCGGCCACAGUCGGCAGCUACUUUGCCGCUCUCACCACUGCAUCGCUCAGCUUCCCUUCCCACCCGACGCUGUCGCUGUCGCUUCCGCUAGCGUGCAUGGGCCUGUCGUCGCUCUUCCUGUCCUCAUUCUCGUCGCUCGCCGUGUUCCAGGUUGACGGGGAACUCGACCCGGUCCGUUACCUCACCUUCCUCGGACUCCUCUCCGCAGCUGUCAACCUCUUCGCUGCUGUAUUCAUGCGCGUCAUCCCCCCCGACCCGCCUGUGCUGCACGACGACGUCGAAUCGGAUAGCGAGGACGACUUGGACCACGCAUACAACGACUACGCGGACCUCUCGGCGUCUCUGCAUCUGGACGAACGUAGCCCGCUACUUAUCGGUGGCCCAGAGGCGGCACGUGAGGACGUCGAGGCGCAGGAGACGGGCAAGGCGACGCGGUGGACUGCGGUUGGACUGAUUCGCAACCCGGGCUUCUGGGCGUUUGGCCUGGUGAUGAUGGGCUGCAUCGGCCCGUCCGAGACUGUGAUGGCGACGUUUGGCAACAUUGUCACGGCGCUCCUGCCGCCCGAUGCCCUGCUGACCCUCUCGGCACUGGGGCAGGCGACGACCCAGGCCUUCCAGCUCUUCAACCCGACGGCCCUCACGUCGACUCCGCCUAUUGUGCUAACUGCUGCCAAGGACGAGGCACUGAUGCUGCGCAACAAGCACGUGUUCAUCCUCUCCAUCUCCUCGACCGUCUCGCGUCUGGUGACAGGAGUGCUUGCCGACUACCUCGCCCCUGCAGCGGUCGCCGUGCCCGCCCCUUACAGCGACGACCCCGACGCGCCCACGCACUACUUUGUGCAGAAGAAGCCGAUCAUCAUGCACCGCUCAAUGUUUGCGGCUACCUGUGCCGGUUUCCUCGCUCUAGUGUUCGCGUGGGCCGCUGGCUGGCUCUAUACCGAGGGCACGCUGUGGCUGCUGAGCUUCGGCGUCGGCUCUCUCUACGGCGCGCUUUUCACGCUGAGCCCCGCCAUCAUCUCGACGCAUUUCGGCGCCACCAGCUUCGGCUUAUCGUGGGGCAUGAUCUCGUACUUUCCCGCGCUCGGCAGCGCCAUAUACUCUUACCUGUACGCGUUCCUCGCCACCGCCGAAAGCAACACGAACGAGAGCGUCAUGGACAUGGCGAUCUGCUACGGCCGUGGCUGCUUCAACGCGAGCUUCUGGGUCGCGGCGGCGGGGUGUGCCUCCUCGGCCCUUGGCCUCGUGUAUAUCGGCCGUCGCUGGAACGUCUAG